AAGCCACUGGGCUGGCAGCACUUCAGUAUAAAGCACCACACGCUAGACGGGAGAGUCUGAAAUGUGGACAGCCAACCUGAUGGACCGUAAAACUGGAACCAACAAGAAACCUCAGGCAGAGGAUACAGUGAGGAUGAUCUCAGACUUGGGGUGUGAGAUUUUGGAUCUAGAUGGAGAAGAGAAUAUCACGGAGCAGUGCAAAACGAAGAUAUCACCAAGGGUGUCUGUGGAAAUCCCUGAAUGCGGGUCUGGGGAUACUGCAGAGUUCAUGAAUGCAGCCAGUCAAGGCAAUCUUCAUGCAAUAGAGAAAUAUUUGGCUGAUGGUGGGAGCCCUGAUGUCCAUGAUGAGUUGAAGAGGACUGCUCUACACCGCGCCUCUCUGCAGGGACACACUGCGGUCAUCCAAAUGCUUUUAGAAAAAGGAGCCGAUAUCAACUUUAAAGAUCAGCUGGGCUCCAGAGCCUUACACUGGGCCUGCAGGGGGGGCAGCCUGGGAGCUGUAAAAGCCCUGAAAAGCCAUGGGGCUGACCUGAACGUUAGAGAUAAGCUGUACAGCACUCCUUUGCAUGUGGCAACAAGAACAGGCCACGCUGCCAUUGUGGAGUACCUGCUGUCCUGUGGUGCCAAAGUCAACUCUAGGGACAGGGAAGGAGACACAGCCCUGCACGAUGCUGUGCGCCUCAACAGAUACAAGAUAGUGAAGCUGCUAGUGGGUGCAGGCACUGACACGAAAGUCAAAAACCAUGAGGGGUUGACAGCAGUGCAGCAGGUGAAACAGUGGCAAUUCGACAUCAUGGAGACCCUGCAGAGAUUGGACAAGCUGAGGGACAUGGAACUACCUGAAAACUCUUCAAGAGGAGAAUGAAUGGUACAAAUUCUGUACAUCUUUUCCUACAGUAUAUUCUGUAUAAGGUCAAUUUAUAUGCCUAUCUGUCUCAGGUUCAAAAUCCAUUCUGUAAUUCCACUGCAGGUCUGUGUACACCAUAUUGCGUUAAUGCAUACCAUAUGUGCUCACCAACAAAAUCCUCCUCUCCGGGGUCUUUCUGUUAAACCCCAGAGAUUAGUUUGAACUCUGACACUAGAAAAUGUCAGCUUGAAUGUGAUGGAUUCAAAAUGAUUGGUUUUUAUCUUAAAAGGGAGAAAAAACAUGUGAAGAGGAAACAAAGCUGAAAUUUUUAGACCUUUUUCUGUGCUUGACUUUUGGUAUUGGCUUUAAGAGAGCUCAGUGCUCCUUGAAGCACUCUCAUGGAUGUUCUAUAUCUGAUUUGUGAUGCCUUUGGAAGUAGAAUAACAUUAAUAGCUAGUGCCGCACAGAAGCUGUGUAGAAUACACAUCAAGGCGACAGGCAAGACCAGAGCGCACAGUAGCUUUGUGUUUGAGACGUCAGCUGGCGAUAGCAGAGAUGGCCGGCAUGCUCCCUGCUAAAGUCAGGGAUUCAAGGGAGCUCAGUGGACAUAUUUUCCUUCUAUCAUCAGUGGCUCAAAUGUUCUCCAGGGAGGUUAGACAUUCACACCCAGGACCCAGCAGCAUGUUCACUUAUUUUAGUAGCUGUUUUUUCAACGAGUAGUCAUUUUAGAUACAUUAAUUUUGAGAGCACAAAUAAUUCUGCUAUAUUUUGUUCAAAAUUUGAAUGCAAAAUGCUGUUUUAUAAAGCGUUCUUUCAUUCAGAGCCAGUUUCCUCACUGUAAACAUCUCAUCAGAUACGCUUUCAGCAGUGCCAGUGCACCAUAUUUCCUGUUGCAAGCGAGACAGUGUAUCUGUCAUGGACUCUAGUGGAGGCACAUAACAUGUACAAUACAAGGUCAU